AUACGAACGUUAGAAAUCUGUCUCUCUCUCUCUCUCUCUUCGCGUUUCCUUUCCACAAAACCGCCUCUUUGCAGCGUCGAUUCGAUGGUGAUCUUCGGCAACGAAAAGGCCGAUGGCAUCCCGGGAGAGCUAGAUCUUCCGGCGGCGGGGCAUCGCGCCGCAUCACCCACUCCGGAGCCGCAGCCGUCGGGCUUCCACCGGUUUAAACUGCACAAUUUCACCUUCCCCACCGGCAGCUGGGGCACCCACCGCAUCCUGCGCUGCUGUAAUCUUUCUUCCGACCGCACUGUCGAUGUCAUCGGACGGGUGCCCGACGCGGCCGAUCGGAACGUCCGGGCUGACAGGAAGCGGCCGCCAUCGCCGCCGGAGAAAUCCUCGGUCAAGCAGAAGCGGUCGUCUGGGUCCAGAAACUCGAAGGAAGCGGAGGCCGAGAGGUCCCUUUCCUCCGCGACGGCUGCGGAGGAGGUUGCGGGGACCUCCAUGCCAUGGAGUCUGAGGACCCGCAGUGCGGCGUGCAAAUCUCCGCCUCUGUAUCGGUACUCUAAUUCGGUCUCAUGGUCUCCUUCGCCUUUGGCGGCUGAGAAGAGCUACCCGGCGACGGACAUGAGGAAGGGGAGAUCAUAUGGAUCGGAGAAGGGGGAACGUCGAAAAUUCUGCGUCUCGCUAUCCCGCAAGGAGAUCGAAGAAGACUUUUGGAGGAUGAAGGGGACGAAGCCCCCUCGGAGGCCGAAGAAGAGGGCCAGAAUCGUGCAGCGACUGCUCAAUUCGCUUUUUCCUGGUUCACGGUUAUCGGAAGUAACUAGUGUAACAUACAAGGUCGAUGAUUAAGAUUUUAGAGAGUUUUAUGGUCAAUGGUUCUCUUUCUUGGAGAAGCGAUUACGACAGUCAGAGGUCAAUUACUUCUCAUGGUUAGUUUGGUUGCUUAGAAUUCCCCCUAUUUUUUUUUUGUCUGUAAAUCCAAGUUUAAAUAUAAGCAACAACAUUUUUUUGUUUAAUCUCGUAGUUGAAUGCUAUUGACUGUUAGAUUUGCUGGAGUUAGAGACUAGUAUUUUUGGAUUCUUACAACAUGUGUCUUAGGGUUCAAGAAAUACUACUAAUAUGGAAAGACUUUUUGGUGAAGAAUAGCAAUUUUAAAGAUUAGAGCUUGAUUAUUCUAUAACAUAAAGAUAUAAACAAUAUGAAAAUCUCUACUUGUACUUCAAUUUUACUCUCGGUUCAGAUUUGGACUGUUUGAUUUUGAUUAUAAAUUUCAUUUGAGAUAAAGAUCCGUAAUGGAUAAACAGUUUUGUCAAUCUAACAUGAAAAGUUAGGAGGAUCUAUAAGAAAUUGUUGGAUUAAACAGUUUUAAAUAUUCUUAUUUUUUAUUUAUGUUGCCUCAAUUUUCUUAGUAUAGAAGUGGGAGUGAUAUGAGUUGAGCCUUGGUAUUAUUGAAGUGUAGGAUUGACGAAUUCAUCACGCUAUAUGUGGCUUUAGUUAGUGUGCAGUUCCUGAAUCCAAAAUAGUAUCUGCAGCAUCUGUUGCUGUCACUGCUAUUUGGCCUUUGGACCUCUUCCAAACAUUUGGCCUUUAGUUAGUGUGCAGUUUAUGACCUCUUCCAAAUCAUUUCAGCGUCCAGUUUUGAUAUUUGACUAUCGAGCUUUUCUUUCUGUCACGCCUGUCUUGAUAUUGAUUUGGACAACGAGGUAAAGAUAUAUAUUGAUGGAUUUAAUUGAUCCAGUGACUUGCGCAUUCCAAAAGGUUAUUUGCAUCAAAUUAUUUAUUCAUGACUGAGGACGUGUUCUCCU